UCGCCACUGUUCCCUCUCUCCUCUCUCUCUCUCUCUCUCUAGCCUCAACCAACAACAGACACCUCCCUCUAUAAUUUCUGUCACCGGAUUGACAGUCCCACGCCCAGCUGCUGCGAAGACCCCCGGCUCGAGCGUCGUAGCUCCUCAGAGUGAAUCGAGCUCGGCUCGCUCCGAUGGUCGUCGAAGCCAACGCCGAGUCGCCGCCGCAGGCGUUGAUGGAGCGGCUCAAGGACUACGGUCAGGAAGACGCCUUCGCCCUCUGGGACGAGCUCUCCCCUCGGGAACGCCAGCUCCUCGUCGACGACAUCGAGAGUUUAGAUCUUCCGAGAGUGGAUCGGAUCAUUCGAUGUUCACUCAGAUCUCAAGGUUUGCCGGUGGCGGCAGUGGAGCCUGUUCCCGAAAGUGACGUAUCCGCUGCUGAAGGGAGGACCAUGGAAGAAAGAGAGAGGUGGUGGAAGAUGGGACUGAAGGCGAUCUCGGAUGGAAAAUUGGCGGUGUUGCUUCUCUCCGGUGGUCAGGGAACAAGACUUGGAAGUUCAGAUCCCAAAGGAUGCUUCAACAUUGGACUUCCAUCUGGCAAGUCACUUUUCCAAAUUCAAGCAGAACGAAUCUUGUGUGUUCAGAAGUUGGCUGUUCAAGCUCUCAGAGAGGGUUCUGUUGGUUCUCCACAGAUACAUUGGUACAUAAUGACCAGUCCAUUUACUGAUGAGCCCACACGCAAAUAUUUUGAGAGCCAUAAAUACUUUGGUCUUGAAGCUGAGCAAAUCACUUUCUUUCAGCAAGGUACCAUGCCAUGUGUCUCGAAAGAUGGAAGAUUUAUCAUGGAGACUCCUUACAGAGUAGCUAAAGCUCCUGAUGGUAAUGGUGGCGUAUAUACAGCUCUGAAAACUUCAAAGCUUCUUGAAGAUAUGGCCUCGAGAGGGAUUAAAUAUUUGGAUUGUUAUGGAGUUGACAAUGCGUUGGUACGUGUGGCUGAUCCUACUUUCUUGGGUUAUUUCAUGGACAAAGGUGUAGAUGCUGCAGCUAAAGUUGUCCGUAAGGCGUACCCACAAGAGAAGGUAGGUGUUUUUGUAAGGCGUGGUAAAGGUGGACCUCUUACAGUGGUUGAAUAUAAUGAGCUAGAUCCAACACUUGCUUCUGCAAUCAAUCAGGAAACUGGACGGCUUCGUUUUUGCUGGAGUAAUGUUUGUUUACAUAUGUUCACCCUUGAUUUUCUCAAUCAAGUUGCAAAUGGCCUUGAGAAAGACAGUAUCUAUCAUCUUGCCGAGAAGAAAAUUGCCUCAAUCCAUGGACAAACAGCAGGAUUGAAGCUGGAGCAGUUCAUAUUUGAUGCAUUUCCAUAUGCUCCUUCAACUGCACUUUUUGAGGUAUUGCGUGAUGAAGAGUUUGCACCGGUGAAAAAUGCUAAUGGAUCAAAUUUCGACACGCCAGACAGUGCAAGGCUACUGGUUCUCCGGCUUCAUACUCGAUGGGUGGUAGCUGCUGGAGGCUUUGUAACGCAUUCAGUGCCCCUAUAUGCUACUGGUGUGGAGGUAUCCCCGUUGUGUUCAUACGCCGGAGAAAAUCUCGAGGCUAUAUGUCGAGGAAGGACCUUCCACGCGCCUUGUGAGAUUGCAUUUUAGCUGUGCUCGUCCUUUCCCUAUGGAAGAAAAAAGGGGUGAGAUCUCAGUUUAGCAAUGAUAAGUUCUUGAGAUGUUAACAUGGGCGGCUUGCAUUUUAUUUGAGAUUGUGAUGGGCGAGGUUGUGUAAUUUGACACCGGCAAGAUAGAUUAGUGUCUGUCGUAAUUUUUUCGUGUUGGCAAAAGACUGUCCUAGUACAUCACCAACAAGAAAAUGCCAAAAAAAGAGAGAAGCUUUGUGAAAAAUGAAACGAGAAUAAUUCGUGAA